AGGUCGCGAAACCCUUUCCCUCUAGCCCUUUUACAACUUCUAACUUCUAUCCCUUCUCGCAAGUCGCACCUCUGCACCUGAGCACCUUCCUCAUCUUUCUACUUCCUUCCUCUUCCAUGUCAUGGCCACCGCCACCGUCGACUCCUCCGCCUCCAACCAUCACCUCAACCACCUCCAUACAGAAUCCCUUCCUCUAAUCGAUCUUGGCCUUCUCUCCCAGUCUGAACUCCUUUCCCUCUCUCUUUGUUCCUCCUACUCCUCUUCUCUCCACUAUCACCAAAACGACGAUGACGUUGCUACUCCCAAAAUCGAUCGUUCCGUCUUCAAUGAGUCCGCCGGCAGCCGCAAACAGACCUUUUCCCGCCUCCGAUUAGCUCCUCGCAACAACUCUCAGUUCUCUUCCUCCCCUCUAAUUGAAUCUCCCAUUGUCUCCCAAACUCUAGAUGAAGAAAAUUCUCAAAUCAUUUCCCUCCUCAAGUCCCUGUUUGGUGCCAAUUCUCACUCAGAUGAGAAAGAGGAUAAUAAUAAUAAUGAUAAUGAUAAUAACCUAGUUUCUAUUCCCAUCCAAUACAACCAAUUCCUAGGUUUUCCUUCCACUGUGAAUGAGGCAUUGCAAAAUGUUCCAAUCGGCAUUGCUAAUUAUGACAGCGAAGAGGUGAUGAAGCAGGCAAUUCCGACUUCAAUUGUUGAUUAUACUACGAAAAAGAGGAAGCGAGGCAGGCCACGAAAAAAUGAGAGUAAUUUUUAUAGUGACAGUAGUAAUCCCAACCAGGUGAGUGAGACUGAGAAUAAGCAAAGAGAGAGAGAGACGAUUGGUGUGGAUGGAAGCGUGGAUAAGGAGAAGAAGAAGGGGGAGAUGUUGACGAUGAAUAAGAAUGGAAUGAAGAUGGACUUGGUGGCACUGGGGAGUAUGGAAGAUCCAUAUGGAGGGGAACUGAUGAUUCGAACAGCGGGAAUGCAUACAGAGGCAGAGUUAUUAGGGUUUUUGCAGGGGCUAGAGGGAGAAUGGGUGACUAGCAGAAAGAAGAAGAUGAUAGUGGACGCAAGUGUGCUCGGCAAUGUAUUGCCAAGUGGUUGGAAACUCAUGCUCUGCAUCAAGAAGAAAGCUGGCUUCUUUUGGAUUGCUUGUAGAAGAUACAUAAGCCCUAAUGGACAGCAGUUUAUGUCCUGCAAGGAAGUUUCAUCAUAUUUACUUUCCUCAUUUGGACUUCAAGAUGCAAGCCAGUCAAAUUUUGAUCAUGUUGAUGGCAACGUUCAUUUGACUGACAAAAUAUCUUCUGGGAAUGCUGCAGAUCUUACCCUUAAAGCUGACAAGAAUGGGGAUGAGAAGCAAUCUUCCUCGUUGAACAUAGGGAUUCCUGGGCAGGUCCAAACACUGAGGAAAUAUAAAUGCCACAAAUGCAUCAUGGUUUUUGAUGAGCCGGAUGACUUGCUGCAACAUCUGCUAUCAUCCCAUCACAGGACUCCAAAGAGGCUUAAACAAGGAGCAUCCAUGAAUGAGGAGGUGAUAAUGAAAAAUGGAAAGUAUGAAUGUCAAUUUUGUCAUAAACCUUUUGAAGAAAUGCAUCGCUAUAAUGGUCACCUUGGGAACCACAUAAAAGAUUAUUUUAAGAGAAUUGAAGCUUCAAGUGGAUUCAUGACCAUCCAAAGGAGCCCUGUCCCUCCAUUAUUAGGAGUUCAUCCUGAUGUUUUAAAGAUUCAAGAAUCAAUUGGAAUUGCUAUGGGUGCUGUUGCAGUGAAUUCUGACAUUAAAAUAAAUGAUGAAAUAAGUUCUGCCGUUCCAAAUUAUAAAACAAAAGAAAAUCCGACUGGUGAAUCUUAUUGUGAUAAGCAGGAUAUAGUUUGUAGCACGACCAAUGAUAAAGGAGAGAAGAUGAAUAAAGUUACUGAUGUUGAUGCUGUUGGAAAUAAUGUUUAUCCAGGUGCAGUGUCAGCCAUUUCCAAUAAGGAGAAUGAUUCCGUUUAUAAAUCUUCUGAUGAAAAAAAUGUUAUUGAAUGCACCACUGGCAGAAUCAGUAACUUGGGCAGCCAGGAAACAGGUUCUCAGAGUUGUUCACUUGCUGCUGUUGGAAGGAACCAAGGAUGUGCAAAUGACAACGAUGAGGAUCAGGCACACAUAAGGUUAAUGGAGGAGCAUUAUCAGGAGAGAGGUUCUGAUAGUGGUUUAAUUGCCCCACAUUCUGAAAAGAAAACAGUUGAUGGCAAAACUAUCGAGGAUAGACUUCAUUCUAGCACAGUAAGUUGCAUGACAAUUGAUGACAGGGUUUUUGUUGGAAAAGACAAGCUAAGAACUGAUUUUGGCGUGCGUUGCUCAGCACAAGAGAAUGUUUCAACCAACAGCAAGGAGCAAAGUUAUGAAGGCUGUUUGGUUGUUACAUAUGGUGGUUUACAAAGAUAUGGUUCUGUAAAUAAUGUGCAUGGGCUUUCAACUUCUGCAGUGGAGCUGAAACAUGAAAUGGAUUCUAAAGGGGGUUUAACUUCCUCAGAUUUUGCACGUGUUUCCAACAAUAAGAUGUACCAAGUUUCUGGUAAAACAGUGAACAAGCCCAAACUUAAGGUAGUGGGUAGGUCUAGGAAUGAUGUCCAAACUGUUGGUUUUGGUAGCAAUAGCACUUUAAUAGUUGAGGAUACAAAGAUCAUCAAUGAUAUGGAGAGUAGUUAUGGAAGCUGCUCAGCUAUUCCAUCAUGGAAUGAGCAGAUUUGUUUUACUGAAAAUAAUAUGAAGGGGAAUCCCAGUUGCACAAGAAAGAUACACCAUCAAGAAAAGGAUUCUGAAGGCAGUGAGCUUACUUUAUAUGCACAUCAGCAAUGCUUUGAUUCUGAAAAUAUUAAUGUUAAUGUUUCUAAUGGUACAUUGGAGGUGCCUAAUCAUGUCGAAGUCCCAUGCUCUAAUAACAGUGAGCACAGCAAAGACAUUGAUGCACUUGAAGGAUGUGUAACUAAUAUUGAGUUGGGAAGAAGUUCCAACAAUUUUUCACUUUUUCCAUUAGCUAAUGGGCUUACAUUUGCUUUAAAAGAUGAUGGAGUCCUGAAUGACACAUCAAAGAACUUUAUGCAGGAUAGAAAUUUUGAAAGCAGUUUAGGUGGACCAUCUUCUGAUGUGAAAACACAUUUUAAUGAGAAUAACAUGAAUAAGGUCUCAUGUAACACAAUGGACUGGUCCAAGCAUAAGGGAUUUAAAAGUCAAUGUGAUGGUGAACCACUUAUUGUUUUUGACCAUGGUCACAGUGAACAGGAUGUGGAUGUUGUGAAAAGCACGAUGCUAGAAAGCUGUUCAAAGGAUUUUACCCUUGUUAAUUCUGGGAAUCAGGAGAAAUUUUCUAUGGAAGAUAAUUUAAAUGGUGUUUACAGUUGCAAUCUGGAUGAGAAGAAAAGGGCUUCUAUAGACAGCUUACUUUGUCUUUCUAGCAGUGAGCAAGUUUGGAGUGCUGAAAAUAAUUCGAAUAGGAUUUUGACAGGCAAAGUUCAAGAGGAGCCCAGGUUGCAGGACUUAAAUCCUAGGAGGAAUGAAUCAGUGAUUGGUUCUAGCAGUCAUACCCAAACUAGUGAAAAUGUUGUAUCUGGGUUUAUGUGGAGAACUGAUGAAGAAAAUGACCUGCUUGGUAGUUUUGCUGAUACUUCAUCUCGACUUGUUAAUUCAUCUAGCUGUUUUCCCUCAUAUGACGUAAUGUCAGAUAAGGGUGAGACUGAAUUCUUUGGUGAGAAGUUUUGUGGUAUAUCAGGUUUCGAAGGGCUGAGAUCAGGCAGCAUGGAGAAUAUGGAAUAUAAUUUUAUGAACCCUCAUUCAGAUGAUUCCAGGGUCUUUUCAUAUGAUGCAGAGAUCGCUCGAGGUCUUGAUUCAUCUGUUUGGCUUGAUAAGGAAGCUUUGCCUUUGUUACCAAAGAUAGCAAGCAGGCGACGUGUGCCUACUUUGUAUGUCUGUGUCUGGUGCAGAAAUGAGUUUCAUUAUGAGGCUCUAGAAUCUGAAGCACAAGCAAGCUCAUUGGGUUUUACUUGUGCAGCCUGCAAGGCCAAGUUCUCUGGCCAGUUCAAUUUACUGUAGAAUGAGUUGUCCAUGCACAAUCUGUGGCACAUGAGGAAAUGUUCCUCAUAUGCCUAAGUCAGAUUGAGGACUAGAGCUGCAUAAGAGGUAAUUUCUACAUCUAAACAAUGUCUUUGGCUAAAAUUUACCCUUAGUUUCUCAGGUCUAAAGUUUUAACCAUCCAUGUGACCUUAUGUGUUUGUCUUCUAAAAACUGACCGUGGGAGAUGGGUGGGGUGUGGGGGGAGCGGGAGUUGGAAUUAACAAUUUAUGUUACAGGAUUAAAUUCAAUAACUCAUCUAUCAGUUUCUGGGUUUGAAGAAAUAUGUUAAAAGGUGCCAUGGGUGCCUUUUAUGCAACAUUGAUUAGAAUAUUUUUUUUGUAACACCUUAACUAAAAUUUCUAUUUUUAGUGUAGACAUAAUGAUUACUAUUAAUUGGCUUUAUUAAGAUUUUUGUUUUAA